AUGUCUUCACUUCUACCGAUUAAAUUUCAGGAACAUAUUCUGCAGAUUUUUUUAAAGCUGCAAAGCCUGGGUAUAAAUGCAGCAAAUAUUGGAUUUGCAACGCUAACAAUGGAAUCAGACAAAUUCAUCGUUGUAAGAGAAAAAGUUGGAGAAAAUGCGCAAGUUGUCAUCGUUGAUAUGAACGAUGUGAAUAAUCCACUUCGUCGUCCAAUCACUGCAGAUUCAGUAAUAAUGAAUCCAGCAACAAAAGUCUUAGCACUAAAAUCUGUUCGUACUCUUCAAAUAUUUAACAUUGAGCUGAAAACAAAAAUGAAAGCAUACAACAUGCCAGAAGAUGUGAUUUUUUGGAAGUGGGUCAAUGUUAAUACAAUCGCACUGGUUUCAGAAACUGCUGCAUACCAUUGGUCAUUACAAGGUGAUUCAGCGCCAGUGAAAAUGUUUGAAAGACAUUCAACUUUAAGCGGAUUUCAAAUUAUUAAUUAUCGAGCUGAUGCAGAUUGUAAAUGGUUAUUACUUAUUGGAAUCGCGGCCAAAGAUAAUCGUGCCUUUGGUGCUAUGCAGUUAUAUAGCACAGAGCGGAAAGUAUCACAACCAAUCGAAGGACAUGCAGCAUGCUUUGUUAGUUACAAACUUGAGGGAAAUCCGCAUCCUAGCAAUUUAUUCUGUUUUUCUGUUCGAAGUCCUCAAAGCGGAAAGCUUCAUAUCAUCGAAAUAGGCGCGCCACCUGCUGGGAAUCAGCCUUUUCAGAAGAAACAGGUGGAAGUCUAUUAUCCAACUGAAGCAGCUUCUGAUUUUCCAGUUGCGAUGCAGGCUUCUUCCAAGCAUGGUAUCAUAUAUUUGGUAACAAAAUAUGGUUAUGUUCAUUUGUAUGAUAUUGAAACUGCGGUAUGCAUAUAUAUGAAUCGAAUUUCAUCUGAAACCAUUUUUGUUACCGCAGAAUACACUGCUACUGAAGGAAUUCUUGGAGUGAACCGAAAAGGACAGGUCCUCUCAGUAAGCAUUGAUGAACAAAAUAUGAUCCCCUAUGUGACACAGACGUUGCAAAAUCCGGAUCUUGCGUUGAAACUAGCGGUUCGAUGUGAUCUUCCAGGAGCUGAAGAAUUAUUUGUUCGUAAAUUCAAUUUGCUUUUUGGAAAUGGAAACUAUGCCGAAGCUGCAAAAGUGGCUGCUACUGCUCCACAGGGAAUUUUAAGAACGCCUCAAACUAUUCAAAAGUUUCAACAAUGUCCGCAUACUGGUGGUGGACCAAGUCCUUUGCUUCAGUAUUUCGGUAUUCUCCUUGACCAAGGUCAAAUGAAUAAAUAUGAAACUUUAGAGCUUUGCCGGCCAGUGCUAGCACAGGGAAAGAAGCAGUUAUUGGAAAAGUGGCUUACUGAAGGGAAACUUGAAUGCAGUGAAGAGCUUGGAGAUUUAGUCAGGCCGCACGAUAUUAAUGUUGCACUCUCUGUUUACCUUCGUGGUAAUGUUCCUCACAAGGUUGUUCAAUGCUUUGCGGAAACUGGGCAGUUUGAUAAAAUUAUUCUGUAUGCAAAAAAAGUCAAUUUCGAGCCUGAUUAUUUGUUCCAAUUACGGCAAGUGUUACGCUCCAAUCCAGAAAUGGGUGCCAAAUUUGCGCAGAUGCUAGUAUCAGAGGGAGAAAAUGAACCAUUAGCAGAUAUAAACCAGAUAGUUGCUUGUUUCGAAGAAGUGCAAGCAAUACAACCUUGUACAUCAUUCUUGCUUGAAGUUCUAAAAGGAGAUAAAGAGUCAGAAGGACAUCUUCAGACAAAGUUGCUCGAAAUGAAUCUUCUUUUUGCUCCACAAGUGGCUGAUGCAAUAUUAGGGAAUCAGAUGUUUCAUCACUAUGAUCGUGCAACAGUUGGACAGCUUUGUGAGAAGGCUGGUUUAUUACAACGAGCUUUAGAACAUUUCGUUGAUCUCUACGAUAUCAAAAGAACAGUUGUUCACACACAGCAUCUUAAACCGGAUUGGCUAGUCAACUACUUUGGACAGUUGUCGGUGGAAGAUUCUUUGGAAUGCUUGAAAGCGAUGCUCCAAACCAAUAUGCGGCAGAACUUGCAAAUAGUUGUUCAAAUAGCUACUAAAUAUCAUGAACAACUCACAACUCAUGCUCUUAUCGACUUGUUCGAAUCAUUUAAGAGUUACGAAGGACUGUUUUAUUUCCUAGGCUCAAUUGUCAAUUUUUCGCAAGACCUUGAAGUUCACUUUAAAUACAUACAGGCUGCCACUAGAACAGGACAAAUUAAAGAAGUGGAAAGAAUCUGCCGAGAAUCCAACUGUUACGAAGCAGAGAGAGUCAAAAACUAUUUGAAAGAAGCCAAAUUAGCAGACCAGUUGCCUUUAAUUAUUGUUUGUGAUCGACACGAUAUGGUCCACGACCUUGUUCUUUAUCUGUAUCGAAAUAAUCUACAGAAAUAUAUCGAAGUUUUUGUACAGAAGGUAAAUCCAGCUCGACUUCCUAUUGUUGUUGGUGGAUUAUUGGAUGUCGAUUGCUCUGAGGAUGCUAUCAAACAGCUUAUUAUUAAUACCAGAGGGAAAUUCGAUAUUGAUGAACUAGUUGAUGAAGUUGAAAAAAGAAACAGACUGAAGCUAUUAGCACCAUGGUUAGAGAUGCGUGUUCAGGAAGGUGCUACAGAUGCAGCUACUCAUAAUGCACUAGCAAAAAUUUAUAUAGACGCAAAUAAUAACCCCGAAAGAUUUCUUCGUGAAAAUCCAUAUUAUGAUUCACGAGUAGUUGGAAAAUAUUGUGAAAAACGAGAUCCACAUUUUGCUUGUCUUGCAUAUGAACGGGGUCAGUGUGACGCUGAACUCGUAAAUGUAUGCAAUGAAAACUCACUUUUUAAAAAUCUGGCGCGUUAUUUGGUGAAGCGACGUGAUUUUCCUCUUUGGAGUCAGGUUUUAGCUGAAGACAAUCAGCACAGAAGACAGCUUAUCGACCAGGUUGUUCAGACAGCUUUGUCGGAAACUCAAGAUCCCGAAGAUAUUUCAGCAACUGUAAAGGCCUUCAUGGCUGCUGACUUGCCUAACGAGUUGAUUGAGCUAUUGGAGAAAAUAGUUCUCGAUAAUUCCGUUUUUUCAGAACACAGGAAUCUUCAGAAUUUGCUUAUUCUUACUGCUAUUAAAGCAGAUCGUACACGGGUUAUGGAGUACAUACAAAAGUUGGACAACUAUGAUGCACCGGAUAUAGCAAAUAUUGCUAUAUCUAAUAAGUUAUAUGAAGAAGCAUUUGCUAUUUUCAAAAAGUUUGAUGUCAAUACUGCUGCUGUUAAUGUUCUAAUUGAUAAUGUGUCAAAUUUGGAUCGCGCAUAUGAAUUUGCGGAACGAUGCAAUGAGGCUGGUGUUUGGGCAUCUUUAGCAAAAGCACAGUUGAAAGAAGGUUUGGUGAAGGAAGCUGUAGAUUCAUUUAUAAAGGCAGAUGAUCCUACUGCAUAUAUGGAGGUUGUCAGCAAAUGCUCUGAGACUGACAGCUGGGAAGACCUGGUGCGAUAUUUACAAAUGGCACGGAAGAAAUCAAGAGAAUCAUACAUCGAAACAGAGCUUGUUUAUGCUUAUGCGAAAACAAGUCGUCUGGCUGACUUGGAAGAAUUUAUUUCUGGACCUAAUCAUGCCCAAAUUCAGCCAAUCGGUGAUCGAUGUUUUGAAAGUGGUAUGUAUGAAGCAGCAAAAAUUCUGUACAACAAUAUAUCAAAUUUUGCAAAGUUAUCGGUCACGCUUGUUCGGCUUAACGAAUUUCAAGGAGCAGUUGACGCUGCUCGUAAAGCAAACUCAACAAAAACUUGGAAGCAGGUAUGUUUUGCUUGUGUUGAUAACGAAGAAUUUCGAUUGGCACAGAUGUGUGGUCUUCAUAUUGUAGUACAUGCGGAUGAGUUAGAAGAGUUAAUAAACUAUUACCAGGAACGAGGAUAUUUUGAAGAAUUAAUUGGCCUUCUUGAAGCAGCACUUGGUUUAGAAAGAGCGCAUAUGGGCAUGUUCACAGAAUUAGCUAUUUUGUACAGUAAAUACAAGCCGGAGAAAAUGCGUGAGCAUUUGGAACUGUUUUGGAGCCGAGUAAAUAUUCCUAAGGUACUGCGAGCAGCAGAACUUGCUCACUUAUGGUCCGAACUUGUUUUUCUUUAUGACAAGUAUGAAGAGUUCGACAAUGCUGCGCAAACGAUGAUCCAGCAUCCAGCGGAAGCGUGGCGGGAACAGCACUUCAAGGAAGUUAUCACCAAGGUUGCAAACAUCGAAUUAUAUUAUAAGGCGAUGCAGUUCUACCUGGAUUACAAACCUAUGCUUCUGAAUGAUUUACUUCUUGUGCUAACACCACGUCUUGAUCAUUCUCGAACCGUUGCUUUCUUUGCUAAAUUGAAUCAGCUUCCUCUCGUAAAGGCUUACUUACGUCAGGUUCAGAUGCAAAACAAUAAGUCUGUUAACGAAGCCUUGAAUCAGGUGCUUAUUGAAGAGGAGGAUUAUGCUGGUCUUCGUGCCUCUAUCGAUGCAUAUGACAACUUUGACAAUAUAUCAUUGGCACAACAACUUGAAAAGCACGAAUUGCUUGAAUUCAGACGUAUAUCUGCUUAUCUAUACAAAGGAAAUAAUAGGUGGAAGCAAAGUGUUGAGUUGUGCAAAAAAGACAAAUUGUAUAAGGAUGCAAUGGAAUAUGCUGCGGAAUCGCGACAGCCUGAAAUAGCAGAAGAGCUUUUAGCUUACUUUUUGGAUAACAAAUUGCACGAUUGUUUUGCAGCGUCACUUUAUCAAAUGUAUGACUUGUUGAACCCAGAUGUAAUUUUGGAGUUAGCAUGGAAGCAUAAGAUUAUGGAUUUUGCAAUGCCUUACAUAAUACAAGUAAUGCGGGAUUACAAUAGCAGAAUUCGGAAACUAGAACGAGCUGAAGCUGAAAGAAAAGAAGUUCAAGGGAAUCAGCAACCUGAUGGAAGCAUGAUGGAACCGAGGCUCAUGUUGACGUUCCCAGGAAACGCACUAGGUGGAAUGCCGCAAAUGCCCGGUGCUUAUGGAGCAGCAAGUACUGGUUCUUACGCAACAGGUUCAGUGGCAACAAAUGCUUACGGAGCUCCUGUCUAUCCUGGCGGAAGUACCUAUGCCGCAUAG